UACUGCCAAUUUGGCAGCACUGCGGCAACGGGGAGGAUUCGUGUAGGUUACAUUUGAUGCGGCGAUAUCGUGCGUGUCCUUCGCGCUCGAGGGUAUCGCGCGUCAAUCGCGACACAUGGAGAGAACGAUGUCGGAGCAGGCGGCUUUACAGACGCAAACGGAAACAAUCUCCGAGGCGGACGUCACCGAUUCCGGAUCGCAGGAUGUACCUACUGUACGAUUACGUUUACGGAAGCCGAAAUCGAAUAAAAAAGUUCAAUGGACUCAGGGGACCGUAGACAAUGAAAAUUUAAAUAAAAAGAAAUCAAAAUGUUGUUGUAUUUAUGAAAAAUCAAAAACUUUUGGCGAAAGUAGUUCUGAAGAUAGCGACGAUGAAUGUGAACAUUGUCAUGGACAUAAGGAUGCUCAUAAAAAAGUCUUACCUAAACCUGGUGAUCCUGCGCGAGAAGGAAUGUCAUCACAUCCUGAACCAAUUGCAACAGGUUCAACAUAAGUGUUUUAUGCUUAAUGACAUCUUUUCCAUUAAUGUGAGAAAUAAAUUCCUUUAUGCUAUUUCUUGAGUCAGUGUGUCAUACAGAAAGAGAUGAUGGAUUGUAGGUACAAACUUUAAGUAUGAUUUUGCACUAGUAUAUGUACUUAUAUUACAGUGCUUUAACACAGUAUCGCGCAGAUUAUAAAAAUGUUGUUCAACUCGUUAAUUCUUAUACAGACCAUGAUGUGCGAAUAGUAAAUUAUUCAACAUUCUUUGAAAAGUAACUUCAUCAUUCCUUAUGUGUUUAUCUCCAAAUUAAUAUUAUUUUCUUUAUAUGUACUAUUUGUUACUUACUAUUUACUUAAUAGUAGACAAAUCUAGAUUUUAUGCGCUAAGAAAAUACUUGUUAUUUUGUGACUCGUAUUAACAAUUUAAUUAUGAUUGCUAUUGGUUUAUAUAUUUCAUUAUUAUGAAACAGAAUUUGGAAUCAUGUUCUUAUACAAAGAAAGAUUAGAAAUAUGCCAAAUUUUGUUUGAGAGAUUUAUUACAUUUAUUUAUAAUUUUAUAAUGCAAUUGCUCUAUAAUAUAAGCUCAAAAAAUGAAAUAAUGUAUUACAAAUUAACGCCAUGUAUUGUCAUACAUCAUAAUUAUAAUUAGUUAUGUCGCGUUACAUAUGACAAAAAAAAUACAAAAUAGUGCACAUUUACGUUUAUUCCUUGUUUUCUGUAUCUAAUAUAAGCGUAGAUAGAUGAAAUUUGUAAAUAUUUCAAAUAUAUAUAAAAAUAGAACAAAAUAAAUAAAAGAAUCCGAUAGAUUCAUAUUCAUGAAAAGAAUAAUAAUCAGAAAAAAAACUUAAUAUUCAUUGCACACUUUCAUUGAAAGUUUCAAGUUUUUAAAUUUCAUUGAAAGAUAAAUAUUAAAAUUAGUUUCAUACACAUAGGCUGUAUGGAUAAAUUUUAAGCUGAUGAUUCAAAAAUAUCUUGAGAAAUUAUCAAUGUAUAUACAAUACGAAUGUAGAUACAAUGGGAAUAAAUAGGAAAAUUUUUGAUUGUUAGGCAGAUUACUGAUCUAAUAUUAAUUUGUGUUGAGUUUUAAAAAUUUAAAAAUAGUUCGAUAAUGAUUUUUUUUUAGUGGAUGAUGUAAUUUUAAAAUAUUAGAUAUUUUUUUAAUUUUGCAUUAUAACAGACAUGUCAACAAUAUAUUCUUAUGAUAUUCAUUCUUUUAACAACAUUCUUAGUAAUUUUUUUGUUCAAAAUAGAAGUAUUCUAAUGAGAUUCUAUAUUAUAUUACCAAAAAAUGAAAGUCUGCAUAUGCAUUUGCAUAAUCCCAGAUAAUUAGAAAAUAUAUUCUCAUCAUAUUUGUGCUUUUACGCAAUAAUAGUAUUCUGGACGAUUUUGUAUAGUAUAACUUAAGUGCAAAAUAUAUCUCUAAGAUCUUGUAAAAAUAAAUGUUUAAAUCGGAAA